GUUACAACAACACAACACACAUCCACAACAGAACCACCAACUACAACCACUACCCCUGUUACAACAACAACAGAACACACAUCUACAACAGAACAAUCAACUACAACCACUGCGCCUGUUACAACAACACAACACACAUCCACAACAGAACCACCAACUACAACCACUACCCCUGUUACAACAACAACAGAACACACAUCUACCACAGAACAAUCAACUACAACAUCAGCGCCUGUUACAACAACAGAACACACAUCUACAACAGAACCAUCAACUACAACCACUGCCCCUGAUACAACAACAACAGAACACACAUCUACAACCAGACAGACAGCUACAACUACUGCCGCUCUUACAACAACUUUCUUGCCUACAACUACAACCACAGUCUUAACUAGUACACAACCUACAACAAUCACAACAACUGCAAGCUCAAAUCAAGCAACCAGCGAAAAGACAUCAAUAUUUUAUGUUUCGUUUUCCAGCCCUGAUGAAUUUACGAGUGACUUGUUAAAUUCAUCUUCACCGGCAUACAUCGACAGAGAAAAGAAAACCAAACAGCUUGAACCAGCCUUUAAAGAAAGAUUAGGCUCUUUAUACGUUGGAAUGAUUCUUAAAGGAUUCCGUCGUGGAUCAACCAUCACUGAUUUAGAUAUAACAGUGGCCGAUUCAACCAGUAAUGACAGUUCAGUCUCAGAACUAAUAGGCCAAGCUAUUAUUACUGCAAACCUUCCUUUUAAUGUCAGCAGUGUACAAGUGACAACUACAGCUGCCCCUGAUACAGUAACAACAGAACCAUCAACUACAACCACUGCGCCUGUUACAACAACAACAGAACACACAUCUACAACAGAACAAUCAACUACAACCACUGCCCCUGUUACAACAACAACAGAACACACAUCUUCAACAGAACCAUUAACUACAACCACUGCGCCUGUUACAACAACAACAGAACACACAUCUACAACAGAACUAUCAACUACAACCACUGUGCCUGUUACAACAACAAAACACACAUCUACAACAGAACAAUCAACUAUAACCACUGCCCCUACUGCGCCUGUUACAACAACAACAGAACACACAUCUACAACAGAACCAUCAACUACAACCACUGCGCCUGUUACAACAACAACAGAACACACAUCUACAACAGAACCAUCAACUACAACCACUGCACCUGUUACAACAACAACAGAACACACAUCUACAACAGAACAAUCAACUACAACCACUGCGCCUGUUACAACAACAACAGAACACACAUCUACAACAGAACAAUCAACUACAACCACUGCGCCUGUUACAACAACAACAGAACCUACAUCUACAACAGAACAAUCAACUACAACCACUGCGCCUGUUACAACAACAACUGAACACACAUCUACAACAGAACCAUCAACUACAACCACUGCACCUGUUACAACAACAACAGAACACACAUCAACAACAGAACAAUCAACUACAACCACUGCGCCUGUUACAACAACAACAGAACACACAUCUACAACAGAACAAUCAACUACAACCACUGCGCCUGUUACAACAACAACAGAACCUACAUCUACAACAGAACAAUCAACUACAACCACUGCGCCUGUUACAACAACAACAGAACACACAUCUACAACAGAACAAUCAACUACAACCACUGCCCCUGUUACAACAACAACAGAACACACAUCUACAACAGAACCAUCAACUACAACCACUGCCCCUGUAACAACAACAACAGAACACACAUCUACAACAGAACCAUCAACUACAACCACUGCCCCUGUAACAACAACAACAGAACACACAUCUACAACAGAACCAUCAACUACAACCACUGCCCCUGUAACAACAACAACAGAACACACAUCUACAACAGAACCAUCAACUACAACCACUGCCCCUGUAACAACAACAACAGAACACACAUCUACAACAGAACCAUCAACUACAACCACUGCCCCUGUAACAACAACAACAGAACACACAUCUACAACAGAACCAUCAACUACAACCACUGCCCCUGUAACAACAACAACAGAACACACAUCUACAACAGAACCAUCAACU